CCCCCAAACAACAGCUUCGCACAGCGGAAGUGUUUGGGACAAGGCAUCCCCGUGGCUCCGAGAGUGAUUAGAUCUGCCUGUCAUCGCAGCAGUGAGACUGGCAUUUGCGGUAGGACAUGCAGUGUGCUUGGCCAUGUUCUCCGAGAGACACCGUGGAAGACCCUGGAAGGGCUGGCUCAUGGAACCUUAGAGUCAAGCCUCAACUGCAGGGACUUAGGAAGCCUGGAGGGAGCCGGGAGUAUUGGUGCACCAGGUGGGGCUUCUUCCCAUCUGCAUCCCCACAGCAUGACCAGAAGGGCACCAUGCCGGUGGAGAGGAUGCGCAUGCGCCCGUGGCUGGAAGAACAGAUCAACUCAAACACGAUACCAGGGCUAAAGUGGCUUAACAAGGAAAAGAAGAUUUUUCAGAUCCCCUGGAUGCAUGCAGCUAGACACGGGUGGGAUGUGGAAAAAGAUGCACCGCUCUUUAGAAACUGGGCCAUCCAUACAGGAAAGCAUCAACCAGGAGUAGAUAAACCUGAUCCAAAAACAUGGAAGGCGAAUUUUCGAUGUGCCAUGAACUCUUUGCCUGACAUUGAAGAAGUCAAGGAUAAAAGCAUAAAGAAAGGAAACAAUGCCUUCAGAGUCUACCGAAUGUUGCCUUUAUCUGAACGACCUUCUAAGAAAGGAAAGAAACCAAAGACAGAAAAAGAAGACAGAGUGAAGCACAUCAAGCAAGAACCAGUUGAGUCAUCUUUGGGGCUUAGUAAUGGAGUAAGUGAUCUUUCUCCUGAGUAUGCGGCCCUGACUUCAGCUAUAAAAAAUGAAGUGGAUAGUACGGUGAACAUCAUAGUCGUAGGACAGUCACAUCUGGGCAGCAACAUUGAGGAUCAAGAGAUUGUCACUAAUCCACCAGACAUCUGCCAAGUUGUGGAAGUGACCACUGAGAGUGAUGAGCAGCCGGUCAGCAUGAGCGAGCUCUACCCCCUGCAGAUCUCCCCCGUGUCUUCCUACGCAGAAAGCGAAACUACCGAUAGUGUGCCCAGUGAUGAAGAGAGCUCGGAGGGCCGACCACACUGGCGGAAGAGGAACAUUGAAGGCAAACAGUACCUCAGCAACAUGGGGACCCGAAGCACGUACCUGCUACCCAGCAUGGCGACCUUCGUCACUUCCAACAAGCCCGACCUCCAGGUCACCAUCAAAGAGGAGAGCUGUCCCGUGCCUUACAACAGCUCCUGGCCCCCGUUCCCAGACCUCCCCCUCGCCCCCUCCGUGACCCCAGCGCCCAGCAGCAGCCGGCCAGACCGGGAGACCCGGGCCAGCGUCAUCAAGAAGACCUCCGACAUCACCCAGGCCCGCGUCAAGAGCUGUUAAGCCUUCGACUUCCCCUGGUGGUUGUUGGGAUUUCUUGGCUUUGUUUUAUUGUUUGUUUGUAUUAUAUUUUUCUUUCUGACACCUAUUUUAGACGAAUCUUAAGGGAAAAAGCCUUGACAAUAGAACUUUGAUUGCUGUGUCCAACUCCAGUACUGGAGCUUCUUUUUAACUCAGGACUCCAGCCCCUUGGUAGACGCAUAUCUCUAGAGCCUGCUGGAUCUCCCAGGGCUGCUCCCUCAAGUUCAAGGACGUCAUAGGACCAACACCCACACGGGCGGUGAGGUGCUGCAUUGCCUGCGGUCAAGGCCAGCAAGGUGGAACGGAUGCCUCUGAAUGGAGGAGAAAAUGUGAACUAGCUGGAAUUUUUUAUUCUUGUGAAUAUGUACAUAGGGCAGUCUGCUUCUGCACCUUAUCUUAAAGCACUUACAGAUAGAACUUCCCGUGAUCCUGCUCUGUUUCAUAGCACAGUCAGCACCUCUCUUCCCUCCUCCCCUCCCCUCCCCUCCCAGCCCCUCCCUUCCCAUCUCCUCUCCCUUUGCAUCCCCUCCCCUCCCAGCCCCUCCCUUCCCAUCUCCUCUCCCUUUGCAUCCCAUCCCCUCCCACCCCCUCCCCUCGCUUGCCUCCCCUUCAUCCCACCCCCUCCCCUCCCCUGCCCUCCUAUCCCCUUCAUUUUCUUUCCUCCUUUUCCUCCCCUCAAAGGCUGUGUUCCACGUCCCUGAGGAGGAGAAGAAAAUGAACUUCUCCACAGAUGUCCCAUUUUAAAAGACUGCUUUAAAAAACAAAAAAAAAAAAAAGGAAAAAAAAUCUUUCUAAUCUGCUAUGCUUGAAUGCCACGCGGUACAAAGGAAAACUAUCAUGGAGAGAUUAUGCAAAUUCCCAGAUUUGAAGAGAAAAAUACUCUAAUUCUAACCAGAGCAAGCUUUUUUAUUUUUUAUACCGGGGAAUAUUUUAUUCAAGGUAAAAUUCUAAAGAAAAUAUAAUUGUUUUUUAUCUUUUCUACAGCAAAUUUAUAAUUUUAAGAUUCCUUUUCUUGUUUAUCGGCAGUUGUUAUUACAUCCUUGUGGCACAUUUUUUUUUUUUUAAUUUUGUAAAGGUGAGAAAGCUUUUAUGAGCUCAUGUAGCAAUCAAAUUAUCCUGUGGAUUGAUAAUAAAUGAAUAUGAUAUAUAGUUAAAUUUUUAA